CUCCUCUCCACUUGGAGUCGGAUUCAGCAACUUCUAUUCAUGUGAAGACAAUUCUAAUUUCUAUUAUAGCAAUGUCAUAGUCACUUCUUUGUCGAUGCGGCCAGCGCUGCAAAGCCUUCGGACGUGGUUUUCUCCAUGUUAUAUAUGGAAAGCUACGCCCCCGGAGGGCGUAUUUACACUUUGUCCCGCUCAAUUAUGUCGGUACGGCUGGCGCCAGUACAUCACUGUCAAACGUGCAUUUAGUACAAGAACGGCAGCUUUGCAGGAAGAAUCUUCCGCUCACCUUCGUCACACGAGAUUUCAGUCGCUGUCUACUAAGGAACCUUGUAAUGUUCAUUCCUCGACCAUCCGACCAGCAAUCUGCGAAGCCGAGGGUCUACGACAAUUCAGUAACACCUUGGUCACCACCUGGCCAUCAAUUGGUAACAGAUUUGACGAAAAUGAUACAUGGGUUCAAUGUGUGGAAGAUUGUCGCAGAAUUUAUGGGCUGCAAGGCAUGGCCGACAUAUGGCGCGCUGUGGUUGAGCACGGUCGUGACUUGCCUACAGAAGGACGAACAGCUGAUAGAUUGUGGACUUCUCUUCUAGAGUUAGGCUUUGCAGAGCCUUCUGUGCUCAUUGAAAUCUAUAUUCAUUCCUUGAAGCUGCUUCGGACAUCGGGAAAAAGAUGGACCAAGCUCUACAAUGCGAUUGUGGGCCACUAUCUAAUAGAGGAUCCCGGUGUCGCUUACAAAUGGCAUAAAAGGUUACAAACAUAUCAUCCUACACCUGCUGAUGGCCUUAGGGAACUAGUAAGGGACUCACUUAAACAUCAAGCCUCACUUGGAGUUUUCAGGCGCAUAUAUUUGGAACAUGAGCAUCAAAAGAUUUAUUCGACAAUUAUUCCUAUUCUCUGCGACGACGAAAGAUAUACGGAAGCACUUAAAUGGCACAAACUGUUGAAGGAAAGAGGUGAUUUACCCAUCAGCUCCACCGCUGCUGAACCAUUACUUAAAUACCUUGCGCUUUAUGGGGAUAAGAAAUCCUUGAGAGAAGUGACACAAAGCUUGGUAAAAGCCGGCGUAUCGUUUGCCGCCUCUACUCCAAAAGUGCUAAAACCAAAUACUUUCCUAUCCCGCGAGAUGAUGAACAGAGCUCUCGGCGAGAUAUAUAAUAUACAGCCAAAGACUUUUAGUGAUGAAUUCUGUGCAAGGCUUUUUGCUACAAGAGCUUUCUCUGUCAAUGCGGUCAUUGGGGGGCUUCGAAUACUCGGCGUGGACGAGAUUGGCCCAAUAUCAUUUCGCGAAAUCGCCGUUCGAUCCCCGGCGCCUCAAGCAAUCAAGGAGCAUAUCGCAAAGUUGAAUGCUGCGGGAAUAGAUAUUGGACCAUCAGUCUUCUCGCGGUGCAUUGAAAAAUUUGCCAUACAGGGGGAAGUCGAACUUUUGAAUGAUUUGCUAGCGACUGAUCAACAUCCCGAUGCUUUACAGGACAGGAAGCUUCAAGAAAGACUUCUAACUUAUCAUCACAAAAGACAAGAUUGGCGUCAGUUUAGGAUGACACUUGCUGUUCUUACAGUUUCGGGGACUGGUGAUCUGUCUGCAGAAACAUGGAAUGUCAUAUUGCGGAGUCAUAUCGCCCUAGGCGACUUGACUGCAGCCCAACAGACCAUCAGAGCAAUGCGACAGAAUAAGGUGCUUAUUACAGCCGCAUCUUCUCAGUGUCUUCUUCGGGCGAGCCUUCGUGACCGGCGAACGGGAAAGCGCCCCAUCUCUCUUCCCGACCAUCGGGAUGACCUGAGUUUAGUUGCCACAUUGUGGCUGGAUCUUCUUCGAUCUGGGGGUGUCGUCGCCCCCUCCGCGUGGACUGAAAUCCUCCGUCGCCUUGGGAUGAGUGGACGCAUGGACGAGCUUGAGAAACUCGCGCUCUGGCUUAUGGCUUAUUAUUCACCGUCUACUUCCCGGAAAAAACUCGCCCUUUUUGGACAGCAAAUAACGACUGGCAACAAUCCCGGCUUAGGAUGGCACACACCGGAACUUCCACGGUCACAUCCCAAACACCCAUUGAAGCUUUUGUUUCCCAAGGCUCUUCAAGGUGCAAUCAUAACCUGGGGUUUCCGUACUCUCUCAGAAGGAUCGAUACCCCCAAAUAGAUUGCACAGCGGAGCUCAGGAUAUGAAUAGGCUCGAGACCAUUAUGUCUCACCCUUGGUGCAAAGGAUUGCUCCUUUUGCGCGCACUUAAAAACGAAGGAGCUCCUGUCCAUACUGGCUUGGUUCGGAGAGUUUGCAACCAGAACUUCAGAAUGUUGUAUGGCUCAGGACGAUCAGCAGUCGAAAUUAAUCGAAAGGCAGCAGCUCGAAACCCUUUCACCCUGGAGGAGAUGAUGAAAGCCGCUCAAAAUAUAUGGGGCAGCAACCUAUUCGUUACCGAUGAGCAUUUGCCCAAGGAACUUACUCGCAGCAGCAGUGACCGCCAUAAUUUUUUACAGCACCUCCUUGAUAUUUCUGACGACCAGGCAAAUCACGUCAAGCAUCCGUCUCCACGGUAAGGGCAUGGAAGACCAUGAAAAGUGUACGAAGACGUCAUGAUGAUUUUAUGAUUUAAUUUACGGCCACAUUUAUCAGGUUUCUGGAUUAACAAUUUUCGCGUUGCAUCCACGGUGGUACCAGCAUUGAUAUUUAUUCUUACUUUAUCGGUUCAAAUGCUUUUGCCAUGGAAAUUCUUGGCCGAACCCGGCGACUGUUUCGUGCUGGUCUUGUCUAUAUUUCUGGCUAAUAACUUGGAGUCUGGGGCGUUGUCAUCUAUAGAAAUAGAUCAUUGUCGUCUCGUGGGCUUGGAAUGGAUUUGCUUUUAAUGACAACUUUACUUCGGGGCACGAUGCAAAAAGUCUUGCG